AUGCUGAAUGCUAGUGAUGCGCCGUCGGGCUCGAGCAUCUCUCACACGACCCAGCCGCCUCCAGAUGCCCCUGUCAUUGUCCUGACAUCGGUCCUCACUGAGACUAUCCAUCCUACCUGGGUUGUGACCGAAGUGACCACGAUCGAACCGACGUCGGCAUCCCGAGUCCAAUCAGACACAGACAUAGACACUGCGCAGCCGCACACGACGGCCCAGUACGAAACCGUGCAGACUGUUCAAGUAGGAAUGUCUUCCAGCUCGGUGUCUUCAGACUCAGCAGAAACGGUCACAUCUACGGCAGCUCAACCGCAAACAACCCAGCCUGAGACGCUCCAAUCCUCGUCAACCGGACCAGCGCAGUCCUCAGUCCCCAGCACCAGCCCAACCACCAGCUCGACACAGCCCAUGGAAAGCCCACUCCUCACGCAUGACUCGGGCAGUUCAGAGUCAUGGGCUGCCAUCAUGGUACACUCUAGUUCGACAAGCUCAUUGGAUCCAACGCCACUCGCCUCAACCUCAUCAAGCUCCCAGUUUUCAAUGUCAACAACAUGGACGUGGACGACCUCGACAUCGCCAACCACCCGUUCGAGCACAACAGAUGCAGCCACGCAAUCAACUCCAAGCUUAUCGCAAAUUAUCACAGCCUUGGAUUCACAAACCUCAUCAUCUCCUUCCUCGGCUUCGUCGACAAGAUCCGCUACUUCGUCCUUCACCUCGGUAAGCGUGAUAUCAGGCGCAGCGGCCUCGAACGCUUCCUCGGCAUAUGCCAUAUCUAAUUCCACUCAUGUCGGCGCCAUUGUCGGUGGCACUCUCGGUGGCACAGCCGUUGUUGCCCUCGGUUUGCUGGCCUGCGCUGUAUUCUUCCGGCGGCGCCGGCGCCGACCAAGUGUGCAGCGUCAAAACAGUCACCAACGACUCCUCUGCGCCAACAAUUCAUUAAGUUCUCACCGCGGCCCUCACGGCCGACAUCGCAGCCAGCCCUCCUUUCCCAUUACUCGCUCCGCCAUUCCCUCGGCCCCUGUGUUUCCCCCUCGUCGGUAUUCCGACGCCCCAUUACCUCCCAACCAACAACAUGCCGGCGACCCCGAAAACAGCCCUGUGUCCCCAAUAAUCCAGGUCCAGCCACCCUCGCGCACGGCCUCGUCAAGCUAUUCUCGAUGCUCAUGGGAGGGCGGUAUGGAUCUCCUGGACUGUUACGAAUACGAUUCCUCGGGAGACAGCUCCCGCUACGGGCAGGAGCAUGCGUACUACCCUGGCGGCAGCGCAACCUCCAUACCCCAUACGGCCGGUAGCAACCCUCAUCUCGCUGGCGAUCGGCUUGCCCCCAGAUCAGCUUCUCUGGACACCCCCAAGACGCGCCUCAGCACCCGCAGUGAUCCCUUUGAUCUAGAGCCUCCGCCGACGGCUCUGCGUAAGUGGCCGCCACUGCCACCACGGGCGACUCCGUGGGGGCGCAAUUUUUGA